AUGACCGAGGACGAACUGCGGCUGACGCAGGAGACGACUACCAGGACGGCGGUAAUUCAGGGGAGUGAUACGAGACGUCAAGUAGAAGCCCUGGCACAUCAUUCAGCGGCAGCACAUCAAAGGGCUGCCGAGCAAAUCGGCCAGGAGAUGCGGCGUCAAAUGGACGAGCAUCGCCAGUACCUGGAGGAACAGUACGAGGUGCUGAGAGAGGCGGAAAGGGCGGUUGGUAUUUAUGGUCAGAGACUCGAGAGCUUGGCCGAGGCUGUCCAGCCUCACUUGCAGGCGCGUUCGCUCAAGAGGAAGCUCUAA